AUGGAGACAGUCGCCACGGACACAGAUAUCCUGGAGCCUGAUUGGGGGAGGUGUCAGAAUAAGGAGCAGAAGGAGAGAAUGUUGGUGCGGCUGCGGGGAAUGCAGAAGUACAAGAGCACAGCGCAAAGGCUGCGCUGCCUGUCCCAGCAGCUGGAGAGGGGGGACGUGUCGGUGGAGGAUGUGAAGAGGAGUGUAGAGCAAGCUGCUGAUGUCCUGGACACAGUCUAUAUAGACCACACAAGACGUCUCCUGGAAACAGACGAUGACCUCAGUGACAUCCAGACAGAGUCCGUUCCCUCCGAAGUCCGUGAUUGGCUGGCCUCCACCUUCACCAGGAAGGUGGCCGUGGCCAGGCGUCGUCCAGCCGAGAAGCCGAGGUUCCGCACCAUCGUCCACGCCGUGCAGGCCGGCAUCUUCGUAGAGAGGAUGUACAGACGGACAUCUAACAUGGUGGGACUGACUUACCCGCCCGCUGUGACUGAGACCCUCAAGGAAGUGGAUCAGUGGUCGUUUGACGUGUUCCUGCUGCAGGAGGCCAGUGGAGACCACGCCCUCAAGUUCCUGGUGCACGACCUCCUGAUCAGAUACAACCUCAUCAACCACUUCCGGAUCCCCGUGGCGUUCCUGCUGUCCUUUGCGGAGGCCCUGGAGGCGGGCUACAGCAAGCACGGGAACCCCUACCACAACCUGGCCCACGCAGCCGACGUCACCCACACGGCACAUUACCUGAUGCUGCACACUGGUGCCAUGCACUGGCUGUCUGAGCUGGAGAUUCUGGCCAUGGUGUUUGCAGCUGCCAUCCAUGACUUUGAACACACAGGAACCACCAACAACUUCCACAUCCAGACCAGGUCUCAGGUGGCCAUUCUCUACAACGACCGCUCCGUCCUGGAGAACCACCACGUGAGCGCCGCCUACAGGCUGCUGCAGGACCACGACAUGAACAUCCUGGUCAACCUCAACAAGGACGACUGGAGGGAGUUGCGUGGCCUGGUGGUGGAGAUGGUGAUGAGUACAGACAUGUCCUGCCACUUCCAGCAAAUCAAGACCAUGAGGAACCUGCUGCCUCAGUCUGAUGGUGUGGACAAGGCCAAAGCGCUGUCCCUGAUGCUGCACGCUGCAGACAUCAGCCACCCAGCCAAGGCCUGGCCCCUGCACCAUCGCUGGACACACUGCCUCAUGGAGGAGUUCUUCCGACAGGGUGACAAAGAAGCGGAGCUCGGACUGCCAUUCUCCCCUCUGUGUGACCGCAAGACCACCAUGAUCGCCCAGUCACAGAUAGGUUUCAUAGACUUCAUCGUGGAGCCGACCUUCUCGGUGUUGAUGGAGGCCAUGGUGAAGGUCAUCUCUCCUCUCAGAGACACUGUGGCCUCAGGAGUCAGUCUCCCAAGUUCAGGAGCCGUGGUGGGGUCUGUCCAGAGACACAGUGUGGGAGGGUCAUGUGACUACUCCCUGGCCAGCGUGGACCUGACUCGCCUACGUCACGACAUGACACAGGCCAUCGUCACCAACAAGGAGCGCUGGAGGGAGCUGGCCCAGCACGAGUUGGCCAAUAAGGAGAGGUCAUGUGACAAGACAGAGGCGGACCCUCAGGAAAACAUGCCAGCCGUCGCUGUGGAAACAGUUGAUGAUGCGACUGGUCCGGAGAUGAAGGAGGAGCCUGUGUCAGAAAUACACUCCCACGAUGCACUGGGACAGGACAGUGUGAACCCAACUGAGAACAGGACCCUCUCCUGGAACGGGGUCAAUGAGGGUGAGGAGGAAGAGGAGGAGAAACAGCAGACCCAUCAAUGUCUUCCCUCCGAUGAAGAGGGACAUCUUCAGUAAAGAUCUAUUUCUCUAUUUUAAACCUGAU